AGCUGCAGCCACAUAAUGCAGCGGCUGUCCGGAACUGACCCUGCCCAGUGCUGUGAGCUCACAGGCACCAGCACUUCUAAGAAUGUGACCCUGCAGAGUCGUUCCUCGCGCAGAGCCCUCGCUGUUGAAUUUCACAUCCUCCUACUAAAUGUUUACAGGCAGGAGCAGCAGGGAGACAAAGAUGGCAGCAAAGUGACUACAGUAGUGGCAACUCCUGGACAAGGUCCAGACCGACCGCAAGAAGUUAGCUACACGGACACCAAGGUGAUUGGAAAUGGAUCUUUUGGUGUUGUGUAUCAAGCCAAACUCUGUGAUUCAGGAGAGCUUGUGGCCAUUAAGAAAGUCCUGCAGGAUAAAAGAUUUAAGAACCGAGAGCUCCAGAUUAUGAGAAAGCUGGAUCAUUGUAACAUUGUCCGAUUGCGUUAUUUCUUCUACUCCAGUGGAGAGAAGAAAGAUGAAGUGUACCUCAACUUGGUGCUGGACUAUGUUCCUGAAACAGUAUACAGAGUUGCCAGACAUUAUAGUCGGGCCAAACAGACACUCCCUAUGAUUUAUGUCAAGUUGUACAUGUAUCAGCUGUUCCGGAGUUUAGCCUAUAUCCAUUCCUUUGGGAUCUGCCACCGGGAUAUAAAACCACAAAACCUCUUGCUGGACCCUGAUACAGCUGUCCUUAAACUCUGCGACUUCGGAAGUGCAAAACAGCUGGUUCGUGGAGAACCUAACGUUUCAUACAUCUGCUCUCGGUACUACAGGGCACCAGAGUUGAUCUUUGGAGCCACCGAUUAUACCUCCAGUAUAGAUGUGUGGUCAGCGGGCUGUGUAUUGGCUGAACUGUUACUAGGACAACCAAUCUUCCCAGGUGACAGUGGUGUGGAUCAGUUGGUGGAAAUAAUCAAGGUUCUGGGAACGCCUACAAGGGAGCAAAUUAGAGAAAUGAAUCCAAACUAUACUGAAUUUAAAUUCCCUCAGAUUAAGGCACAUCCGUGGACUAAGGACUCGUCAGGAACAGGACAUUUCACCUCAGGAGUACGGGUCUUCCGGCCCCGCACUCCACCAGAAGCAAUUGCGCUAUGUAGCCGUCUGCUGGAGUAUACCCCCACUGCCCGCCUGACUCCCCUGGAGGCCUGUGCACACUCUUUCUUCGAUGAACUACGGGACCCAAAUGUCAAGUUACCAAACGGGCGAGAGAAACCUGCACUCUUCAAUUUCACCACUCAAGAACUGUCAAGUAACCCAUCUCUGGCUUCGAUCCUCAUCCCUGCUCAUGCUCGGAACCAAGCAGCUGCUUCAACCCCUACAAACGCUACAGCAGCCUCAGAUGUUAAUGCAGGAGAACGAGUUCAGACCAAUAGUGUAGCUACAGCAUCAGCCUCCAACUCCACCUGAACCGGUACCAAGCAGCCAGCUGCACAGGAAAAUCACCAGUAAUUUGAGUCUUGCUCAGCAACACUGGUCACAUUUGGAAAGAAAAUUAAAAAGAGGAAAAAAAGCAACCAACCAACCAACCUGUUCAUUUUAGUGUUCAAUUUUUUAUUAUUAUUAUUGCUGUUCUUAUUUAACCUUGUAAAAUAUCUAUAAAUACGAACCAGUUUCAUUGUAUCUCACUCUGCAGGGUGUCCGGGGCAGGGACUAGGUGGGGGGAGGAGGGAACGCGGAGCAAUACAACACACCAGUGUCUCUCCCCUCAACAAUCUCUUCAUGUUGGAAGUUUGCUGUUGUGUACUUCAGAACCAGGACUCUUGCCUCAUGCCCUCUCCCACAACGGAAAGAAGGAGAAAAAAAAAAAAAAA